GGGGGAGGCGCUGGCGCCAUCAUGUCCCUGGGCGCCGAUCCCGCCCAAAGAGCCUCUGGAGACACGCUGCGCGCGCCAGGCUCCCCCGCCCCGGUCUCUGAGCUUCCGCUGCCGGGCGGAAGAAGCCGGGACGCACCCUCCUUCCGCCCGGCCUGGCAGACGCCGCUCGGCUGCCGGCGCGUGCAGCCCAAUGACCGCGGACAUGCGGGGCGCCGGGGAAGCAGAGAGCACAAGACCAGGAUCAGAAGAGCAGGUCCCUCUGUAUGAAGAAUUUAUUUACUGUUGUGGAGCUGCUACUCAGGUCUUAAAGUGUGGGCCCUGGAAAGACCUCUUGGAAACUGAAAGUAAAACUCUCCCCAGGCUCUUAUUUCUGAUUAUUCCAGGUAACCCAGGACUGGCAGGCUAUUACAGGACCUUCAUACGGGCAUUAUACCAUGGACUAAACCGGCGGUACCCAGUUUGGGUUGUGAGCCAUGCUGGGCACUGCAAGCCCCCUAAUGGCAUGGGAAUGACAGAAGACACGGAUAUUAAGGAACUAGAGGAUGUCUUUGGACUUCACGGACAAAUUGAGCACAAGUUGGACUUCCUCAGAAAGAACGUGCCAAAAGAUAUGAAGCUUGUGCUGAUUGGUCAUUCAAUCGGUUGCUACAUCACCCUUGAAAUGAUGAAGAGGGCAUCAGAACUUCAGGUUCUCCGCUCUGUGCUGCUGUUUCCAACAAUAGAACGCAUGGCUCAGUCCCCACAAGGCAAGCUCCUGACACCUGUGCUGUGCAAGCUUCGGUACGUUCUGUACAUGCCAGUCUACCUGCUGUCAUUUCUCCCGGAAAGAGUCAAAACUUCCAUGGUGCAGUUUGUGCUGCGAGGAUUGAAAUAUCCUGAUGAAGCUUCAAUAGUUACCUCCCUAAAUCUCUUCAGUGUGGAUUGUGUUGCGAAUGUCCUGUAUAUGGCAAGCCAAGAAAUGAUGAAGGUUGUGGAGAGAGACAGUACAACUAUAAAACAAAAUUUAAAGAAGCUGAUUUUUUAUUAUGGAGUUGCAGACAACUGGUGCCCACAACAGUAUUUUGAAGAGAUCAAGAUGGAUUUUCCGGAUGGGGACAUUCGGCUCUGUGAGAAGGGAAUCCGCCAUGCUUUUGUCCUAGAUGCCAGCAGAGAGGUGGCAGCCAUGAUCACAGACUGGUUACAAGACAUUCUGACCAGAUUAUAAACACUCAUUUAUUGAAUAAUGACAAGAAAAAAAAAAGUUACCCUUUGGUGAAUGUGUAGUUCUCUGUCAGAGUCUGACCCUAAUUUUUCUGUGCAUUAUAGAUUAUGGCUUGUUUUCUACUGAGACAUCUUACAGAAGGAUAAAGUCCCACUGACUGGUCUAAAGUAUAGCUCCAUCAGCACAAUAAUAUUGGAUCCCCAUGCUGUACCAGCAGGGCUCUACGAGGCAUUUCAGGGAUUCUAUCAAUUCUAGAGAAGGACUUUACAGAGUAUGGAAUAAUUAUCAGCUGAUAGCACUGUCCACAAAAUUGGUAUGAAAACCACCAAGACAUCUCUCUGGACACAUGGCUGGUAAGUGCUAGAAGAGCUAGAUGUGAGAGCAGGGAAAGGACAGGCCUACGGUCAGAAGUGUCAAAGUGGAAUGUCUCAAGUUAAAUAGCUACAUCCAUAUUCAUCCACUUACAUAAGUGGUGUGGUUCUCAGAGGUACUGCACACCCACUGCAGUCAAUGGGAACUUCAGGUGUUCAGCACCUUUGAAAAAUCAAGCCACUGUUGUCAUGUGCCUAAAUAUAGAUUUAAGUCCCUAACUCUAGAGGGAUGCAAGAUUAAAACUUUUGACCCAAAUGCACAAGUUGAAUGAAUUCACAAUAAGAAAAUGGCCAACAUUUCCAUCACAACUGGAUGUGCAUAUGAAAUGUCAUGAACCAUUUUAAAACAUAUAGGCCCAGGUCCUCAGGUGGUGUAAAUAAGCUCCAUCAGUUUGUACCAGCUGAGGAUCUGGUCCUUAGUCUAAUACAUUACUGAUAAAUACACUACAUCAUCCUCAUGCACACUCCUUCACCCUUUUAUUUCACGUCAAUCUAGAUUGCAAAAAAAAAUCUAUCAUUUGUGAAAAUGACUCAAAGCUAAGAAUGAAAACUCUGUAGGCAUUGGGAGCAUAAAUUGCCAAGAGAGACAGGUGGAAUCAGGAAAAACGUCCUAACAGUGAGAUUGUGAAAUAGUCUCUCAAAGGAAAAGAUAUAAGCCCAGUCCCCAGAGACACGUAAAAAUAGAAAAAGCACUGGAUAAUAUAGUGUAAGGAGCAAUCUUUCCCUGGCAGGGAGAUAGGUGACCUAAUAUGUCUUUUACUUCUCUGACUUGUAUGAUCCAUUAAGAAUUUAAAUAAGGCACUAGGGGAGAUGAUAGGGAAGUCCUGUAUGAUGCAGGAGGUCAGACUGGAUAACCCAAGAAUUCUCUUCUUGCUGUUCCUUUAUAUGAUUACACACACAGUCAUUUCUGUUUAAGUUCCUUUGUUACUUUCUGGUAUUUAAAGGCAAACUGCAGCAGAAUCCAAUUUCCAGUUUUUUGUGCACUUGUCUUCAGAACUCCAGGGCUGUAUAACAGCUGGUACACCAAUGAAUUUAUGGAUGAUGUUUGUGAAUGAUGUUAAAUGAAACAGAAGAUGAUGCUUAAGGUUGAAAUGUUAGACAAUCUGUAGUGGCAUAAGCUGAAUGUGUGUGAGGCAAUUGUCCAAGACUGUUCUGUGAAACUAAGAUGGUUAUUACAGGCUCAUAGAAGCCGCCUUCCCUCAGCAGGACCACAGUGGCACAAUAGAAUAUAUGUUGUUGCCUUAUAUGGUCAUAACAACUGCAACACCAAAAAUCACUGUGCUCAUCUUUGAAAUCUACAGUUAUAUGUGUGGUCAAACAGCCCCCAGAUGCUGAUAUGCAGUCAUUUUAGAUGUUCUUUCUGCUGCAGCUUCUGAACCCAUGUUCUGGCAUAGAUACUCCAUGUGCAGGGUGAAGCAUAUAUAUGUAUGUUAGCAGCAAAUGUCAGCAUUGAGUUCAGUAGAUUCUUCUGUAAUUACGUGUUGAUAUGAUUGAAUAAAUUGUUUGUUCCUUGCAGUAUAUUGAAUUGAAUAGCUGGGUAUGGAAUCAGUUUGUAAAUAUUCAGCUGUUUUAAGUGGCCCUUCCAUAGGUAGAAAAUCUUGCCGUAACAAGAGACUACAAGCAACCACCGAAGCCUGGAAACUGAAAACCUGUGGUGUACUCUUGUUCACAGUGUAUUAUUCAUAUACAGAAGAUGGGGAACUGACUUCACAAUACAUGAACUUUGUGUAUUCUUUUUAUAUUGUUCCUCUCUUGUGCCCUGUUAAACGAUGAUAGUAAAUCCCACUGAAUGCACUGAGACCUAUGAUGUGGGUAGAGAUGGUCAGUAACAGCCAGAUCUGCUGCUGAGUAAUCCCUUAUGACUUUAUUAAAUCUGUUUGCUCUAAAGCUAAUGAGAA